UUUUGAUGGUAUUUUCCGAAUAUGACGAACUUUCAAUGCUAGAGGAAUAAUUUUCCCAAAUAGAAAACAGGUAGCCCUCAGCCGCGCCCGCGCGUGCGGUCGAUGCCAGUUAGCAAUGGGCGACCCCCUCGCCGCCCUCCUUCGCAGCGGCGGCAAUCCUCACUCCGUACACGGCGUGGCCAUCAAGCUUGGCUGCAUUGUCUCCACCUUUCUUUGCAACAAUCUUCUAUAUGCCUACCUGAGGCGCCAGGUCCCCGCGGACGCCCGCAGGCUGUUCGAUGAAAUGCCCCGCCGCAACCUGGUGUCCUGGUCCGUCGUCAUAUCCGGCUCCGCCCACCAUGGCGUCCUCGCGGAAGCGUUCGCGUUGUUCUCCCACAUGCUUCACGGCGCGGGGCACGGAAGCUGGGACCGCCCGGACUCGUUCACGCUAGGGGCCUUGGUCGCCGGGUGCUCCCGUGCCAGAGAUGUCGACGCUGGCAUGCAGGUGCACGCUUGCGUGGCCAAGUUCGGCGUCGACGAGGAUGAUAGCGUCGCGGCGGCGUUGGUGGACAUGUAUGCCAAAUGCGGUUGGGUGGACUCAUCGUGGCGGGCCUUCACGCUCGCACCACAGCGGAGCGUCCUAAGCUGGACGAGCAUGAUUGCCUGUCUGGUCAACCAAGGUGUUUGAUACGCCCGAUUUGCUAUCCGUUGGAAUGCAACUUCAUGGCUGCUUGCUGAAGAUGGGAACGGAGGUUGACACUGCUUUGGGGACUGCCUUGAUGACGAUGUAUGGCAGGUGUGGUGGAGUUGAUGAGAUACCUAGGUUGGCUUGUCGUAUAAGGCAUGAUGCGCUUUCGAGGACUGCCCUGCUUGGCGCUUAUGCACGUACUGGAUACAAUGCAGAGGCAAUUGGUGUUUUCAAGGAGAUGAUCAUGAAAAAUAUGGCAAUUGACCAGUCAGCUAUGACUGGUAUGCUGCAGGUUUGUUCAUCCUUUGGACAACUGAGAAUGGUUCGGCAGGUACAUUGUUAUGCUUUAAAAACCUUCUUCAAGUUGGAUACCUUACUAUUGAAUGCCACCAUCACUGUUUAUGGCAGAUGUGGUGAUAUCAAUAGUGCUGAAACUGUAUUUUAUCUAAUGGAGGAAAAUGACAUCAUAUCAUGGACGGCAUUGUUAACUUGCUACACUCAGAAUGGUCUUGAUGAAGAGGUACUCUUAUUCUUUAGGAAAAUGCUCCGGAAAGGGUUGGGAUCUCCAGUAUUUUGCAUCACUAGUGUGCUACGAGCCAGUUCUAGCAUCUCAAAUCUUGCUGUUGGGUUGCAAAUCCAUUCGAGGACUCUGAAGCUAGGUAUUGAUGAUGAUAAUUCUGUACAGAAUGCACUCGUAACCUUGUAUGCUAAUUGUGGAAGUGUUCAGGUUGCAUUGAAGAUAUUUAACUCAAUGAGUAAUAGAGACAUCGUCACAUGGAAUGCAUUACUCACAAGUUUUUCACAGCAUGGCAGUGAGGUGGCAGCCAUUCAGCUUUUUGAUCUGAUGCAAGAAGAGGGGAUCUGCCCAGAUGCUUACACUUUUGUUGGCCUGCUAUCAUCUUGCAGCAGAAUGGGCCUUGUAAAAGAAGGCUGUGAGUACUUCAAUGAAAUGAAGGAAAAAUACAACUUGGAACCCAAGAUGGUUCAUUAUACCUGCAUGGUUGAUCUACUUGCUCGUGCUGGAAGAUUUUGUGAUGCAAUGGACUUCAUUGAUGCAAUGCCUUAUGAACCAGAUCAAAUAUUGUGGGAAGCUUUGCUAGCUUCAUGUAAGGUUCACGGAAAUUUGGGGUUAGGAAGAAUAGCAGCUAAGAAGAUUCUGGAAAUUACACCACAUGAUUAUUCUGCAUACAUUAUAUUAUCAAGCAUUCAUGCUUCAGUUGACAUGUGGGAUGAGAAAUACUGGAAUCGCACUGUAUUCGACACCCAGCGUGCAAGAAAGGAUACUGGAAGGAGUUGGAUUGAUGCACAAGAAUUAUCAGAGAAUAUAUUCGAUGCAUUACAAAUUGGAGUGACGUAAUGUUAGUUGAUAAUGCUUCUAUUUCAAAACACUAGGGGUGUGUUACUCUCCAUGGUUGCAGUGAAGUGUAGUGGUCUCAAUCAUAAAACAUCGACAAGCGGAACAAAAGAUGUCCAUGGAUGCAAGCAAACCAUGGUCUCAGUGUCAAGCAUCGAAUAGAACUGACCCAUGUCAGAUCAUCACCGAAGAACAUAUAUGAUAUGGUGCAUAGGGCAGAUUUUUAUCUUUUCUAUGGUGUGGGACACAGUUGCAACCUUUCAGUGAUUAUCUUUCUUUAAAUUUGUGAUGCUUUACGAUGCUGCCAAUGUUGUAAGCUGUACAGAGGGUGCUGCAGUUAGAAAGUAUAUUGGUAUUUUCUCUAUUGUCAGCCAAAGUUUACAGUGAUGAUGGAAAUACAGAGAUAUCUCGGUUUAAGUUUUUUAUGUUCACCUGCUGUGGGAGCUUAGUAUGACAGUCCAACUCUUUAUCAGUAUGCUUUGUGAUUCCUAAAUUAACUAUAAUUUUCUAUGUUUGGGACCAGAUAUUCGUGCAUACUGUUUUGCACGUCAAAUGACAUGGUAGAGACAUGGCAUAAAUGAGUGAGAGUGCUGAAAUUGAGGUCAUUCUGUAAUGCCAAUAUGACCCUUUACCAGGAUUCUGUAUAUC